AUGAGUAAUACAUUUGAUCAAGAUUUUUGUCCAGCAUGUGGAACAAUAUUGCCUUUACCAGAUGGUUCAUCAAUGAUUCAAUGUUUACUAUGCAAAAAAAUUCAAGAUAUAUCAGUAUUUCAUGGUACACAAUCAACUAUUCAUGUUGAUUUUCAAAAUAUUGAAGAUAGUAGAAGAACAUCAGAAAAUAAUGAAGCUAUUGAGGGCACAUUGAUUCAACGAAAAUGUCCUCGUUGUGGACAUGAUGAAAUGUCAUUUACAACAAGACAAUUACGUUCAGCAGAUGAAGGACAAACGGUCUUCUUCUUAUGUCCAAAAUGUUCAUUUCAAGAAUUGGAAAAUUCUUAA